AUGAAGCCAGCCAUUCAGAACCUGCAGAUAUGCAUCAUUGGUGCGGGGAUUGGUGGCCUUACCACAGGUCUCGCUUUGGUAAAACAAGGAUUCCAAAACGUCUGGGUCUAUGAAAACGCACCGGCCCUAGGGUUCGUCGGCGCGGGGAUUCAAAUGGCGCCCAAUAUGGCUCGAAUUUUGAAAGGUCUUGGGGUCUGGGAUGAGAUCGCAGCAGAUGGAAUAGCGACGGAUUAUUAUAGCAUCCGAGAGGGUGCUUCCGGAAAGAUAAUGGGGCUUGUGGAUUGUAGAAAUCUCGAGACUGAAUAUGGUACCAGGCAGACCGGAGGCCACAGGGCGACCUUGGUCAAUAGCUUGUACGACGCAUGUGUAAGGAACGGAGUCCAAUUCAGCUUUUCCUCCACCGUCGAUGCUGUCGAUUUCAUGGGCAGACCAACAUUCUCCGUGACGAAUACUGGUGAGGAAAAGUCGUAUCAAAUGCAAUGUGACAUCUUAAUCGGAGCGGAUGGUGUCAAAUCCAAGACUCGACAGAGCUUGCUCAAGGAGCUGAAUGUGGAGGCAGGAGUCAAAGAAACUGGGCAGGCUGCGUACCGGAUCAUGUUAACGCGGGAGCAGAUGCAGCAUGACCCAGCGAUUCUGGCUCUGCUAGAUGGAGACCAGACUAUCCGGUGGAUUGGAGAGAAACGCCAUAUCGUCGCCUACCCUAUCUCCCAACGGAGCAUCUACAACAUUUCGACCACGCAGCCUGAUGUCAAUUUCGCGGCAGCAGCCUCGGCCACUUAUACAACCAAGGGAUCCAAGAAAGCGAUGAUGGAUGUGUAUGGCGACUUUUGCCCUCUCGUCCUACGUAUGCUGGAUCUCGCGCCAGAUGAGGAGAUUGUUGAGUGGAAGUUGAACGUCCACGAUCCACUGCCCACCUGGGUUCUGGGGUCUUUCGCUCUGGUCGGGGACGCCUGCCAUCCAACCCUCCCCCAUUUGGGCCAGGGAGCGGCGCAAGCAGUUGAAGAUGGUGCCGUUCUUUCCAUAUUUCUAGCAGCUCUACCAGAUGCAUCCCAUGAAAACAUCAACAAAGCUCUCAUGGCUUACCAAGAGGCGAGGAAGCAACGGGCAGAAACUCUCGUUGCUCUGGCAGCGGAGUCAUCUCGCGAACUUCAUCUUGGAGCUGGUAAGGCACGCGAAGAACGCGAUCGUGCGUUUGCAGCAAUUAAGACCGGAACCCCAGGAAAGGUGCCAGAUAAGGUGAUGGAUAUAGAUGUCCACAAAAUGACUUAUGGGUUUGACUGCAUGCAGGAUGCACAAGACAAGAUUGCAACAGUGUUUAUUUAG